AACGGCGUCGUCUAUCCUCUCCAAACGAUCAUAUAUAUAAAGAUAUUUGGUAAAAUUGGUUUUAUGGAUGGUUAAUGUGAAUCAAAUCGGAACGUUGGAAAUCAUCAGAGCAUUAACAAAAGGGCAAAGCCACAGUCUGGGUUUGGUUUGGAUUCAGAAAUCACCACAGCCAUUAAAUCUCUUCGUUUCAGGAGAAUUUUUAUUCCCAAAUCACAAGUGCUUGAUGAAUCAUUAAUAGGACCAUAUAUAGAUUAACAGAUAGAAAAGAGAUAUGGCGAAUCUCUAUGUGACGGCGGUGCCGCCGGUGGAUCUGAACAAGAACACCGAGUGGUUCAUGUACCCAGGGGUGUGGACUACCUACAUACUCAUCUUGUUCUUCUCCUGGCUCCUCGUGCUCUCCAUCUUUGGCUGCUCUCCUGGCAUGGGCUGGACCAUUGUCAAUCUCGCCCACUUCUGUGUCACUUACCAGUUCUUCCACUGGAAGAAGGGGACGCCAUUUGCAGAAGACCAGGGGAUCUAUAAUGGGCUAACUUGGUGGGAACAGGUAGACAAUGGGAAGCAACUUACACGCAACAGAAAGUUCCUAACCGUUGUUCCUGUGGUGCUGUACUUGAUAGCCUCACACACGACCGACUAUCAACAUCCAAUGCUCUUCUUCAACACACUUGCAGUGAUAGUGCUCGUUAUUGCCAAGUUCCCAAAUAUGCACAAGGUUCGGAUCUUUGGAAUUAAUGCAGACACGUGAGCUGGACUUGUGUUAAAAAUGGUUGUUUUAGCCUGUUUAAAAGCCACUGUUCACUGAUCCAUCUGCUGCUCAGCUUAAAGGUUGUAUCUCUGUGUAGAAAUCAGAACUGGAAGGCUGUUUGAAUAUGUAAUGUUUUUAUGCUACUUUUACAAGCCAUCUCAGAUGAUGAUAAAAUAAAAGUAUCAGGUUAUCUUUGUACAGUAGAGGGAGUUUUAUAUCCUUCGACGUAUUAAAAUUUUUUACUUUA